CGAGGCCUCCGGAAAACGGGGGCCGGCCCCCACACUCUCUGCCAAACGCUGCGCGCUCGGAGCCCACAGGCCUCAUCCCCCUCGGACGGGCCGUGCCCGGUGGGGGACCGUCGAGUAGGGCGGGCGGGGGGCCCCUGCCGUCCACCCCCGCGGCCCCGCCAUGGGGAAGAGAUACUUCUGCGAUUACUGCGACCGCUCCUUCCAAGACAACCUCCACAACCGCAAGAAGCACCUGAACGGCGUGCAGCACCUCCGAGCCAAGAAAGGCUGGUUCGACCGGUUCCGAGACGCGGCCGCCGUCCUGGUGGAAGAGCAGAACAAGAGGCCCUGCCGGAAGUUUCUCCAGACGGGCCAGUGUGACUUUGGUUCCAACUGCAGAUUCUCCCACCUGACAGAGCGGGAUCUGGAGAGGCUGAGCGCCCAAGUGCACGAAGAGAGGCGUUCCCGGGAGCAGCAGCAGCAGCAGCUGGACGGCGCGGACGGGCCCGAGGCCGGGAUCGAAGAGUGGCUGGAGAGGCGGGCCUCGCGGCUCAGCGCGGCCCAGAGCAGCGGGGCUCUGUCGGCGAAAUCCAGCGUCUUCCAGUACCCGCCGGGGUGGCCCCCCGUCCAAGAGCUGCCCCCCUCCUUGCGGGCCCCUCCCCCGGGGGGCUGGGCCCUACAGUCCGGCGCCCAGUGGGGCUGACGCGGCCCACCGGGCCCCACUUGUCAAUAAAGAAUCGAGCGAACCGAGCGUCCUGCGGUCAAGUCA